AAUAAACAAUCACACGAAUUCGAUUUCCGCGUAAAAGUGAAAGAUGGGAUGUUUAAACACAGAUGACACUUUUAUCAGUCCAUGUGUAAAAUACACAUUAUUUUUCUGGAAUUUCUUAUGUUGGAUGAUCGGUGGUGGUUUUAUAGGAGCAGGAAUAUGGGCAUUCAUAGAAAAGAAUAAGUAUCAUGGAAUAACAAGUCUGGAUGAUGCCUUACAAAAUGUUUCCAUAGCUUUUGUAGUCUUAAUUCUAAUCGGAAUAACAAUAUUUAUAGUAUCUUUAUGUGGUUGUAUUGGUGCCUUAAGAGAGAAUGUUUUGCUAUUAAAAAUUUAUUAUUAUAUUAUGAUCAUCAUAUUUUUGUUUCUGAUUGGCCUAGCUGUAGCUACAUUUGUUUUGAAAGACAAAGUAAAUGAUUUUCUGAAACACAAAGUACUAAAAGACAGUUUGAUUACUAAAUACCAAGAUGACAGAGAUGACCAGGCAGUCAUUGACUGGGUACAGGAAAAUUUUGAAUGCUGUGGAGUACAGUCAUACAAAGAUUGGAAUAACAAUCAAUAUUACAACUGCUCCAGUACAUUGCUGACAAAUUCCCUUAGAUGCAGUGUACCACAUUCAUGUUGCAGAGUACAAGAUACUUAUAAGUCUGGUAUGACUAAUAUUUUGUGUGGAGGAAAUGUCUUGGAUACAUCAGGAGAUUUAUCACUGAUAUACACUCAGGGUUGUGUGGAUGCCAUAUUAUCCCUAGUUUUUUCUGCCAAGAAUUUACCAGUAGUUGGAGGUGUAUGUAUUGGAAUUCUUCUGCCAAUGCUAGUUGGGAUAUUCCUAGCAAGAAUGCUUGAAGGACAGAUACUGGAUCAGAAGACAAGAUGGCAAUAUCAGGGAUAGGGUCAUUCAUUAAAAAGGAGUUUGAUUUAUAACUUGUUAUCAUAUAUCACAUUUUAUACAUUAUUUGUUUAUAUAUAUAUAUUGUAUUUGUAGUUAUAAGAUUUUUGUCAUCUAUCAUUGAGAAUUUCAUCAGACAAAAAGAAAUGUGCCUGUCCUGAACUUGCCAAAUUUGGUUAAAAAAUGAAACUUGCCAGAUAAGUUUUGACUCUGCAUUAAUUAUAAAUUGGUGUGGAAUAUCAAUAAACAAAACUCAAAAGUAUUGUAUUUUAUGAAGUUGAUGGAUAAUAAGUCUUGAAAAGGCUAUAAACUUUAAUGGUGGUCUAUAUAAAAGUUAGAUGAUGACCUCUGAAAAGUUUAUUAUAAAUAGUUAUUGUGAGAUGAUGACCUCUGAAAAGUUUAUUAUAAAUAGUUAUUGUGAUUGACUAUUGGUUAAUCCAAGACUGUUGCGAUGUUUGAUGGUCUUCUUUGGACUUGCCAGCCCCAGCAAUCUUGGACUUAUAGUUUGUGAGUUACUCCCAUGUUAGGUUCUUCAAAUUGUCUGAUUUGUUUGUACAAGUGUAUUUGAGUCAUAGUGAUUUUUAUUUGUAUCAUGUAAAUACUUAAUAUACCUCCACUCAAGGAGUUUUUUGGUUGACUGCAAUGGCCCUGUCUUUUUAGUUACUUUUCUUUAAUUUUCAUAAUAUAUAACUCAACUUGUGAAGUAAGAAAUGAUUUGAUAUUUGGUUUGGGAUUAUAUUGAGUUGAGUUGUCCUGUGUAAGUAAUUUUCAGGUCUGCUAGUAAGUCACUUCCUGUUUGAUGAUACUUUUUUUUUAUGUUCACUGACUGAGCAACUAUUUUUACUUGUUACAUUUUUUCAGCUUCUACAUUAAGGAAUCUUUUGAUAUUUGUACAGGAACUUUAUAUUGUUGAGUUAAACUUGUAAUUAAUUUUGAGACCUGCCCAGAAGUCUCUUUCUCUUUAAUAACUUUGAAUUUUUAUUAAACUCACUGAGCACUGUUUGUUUUUGUAACAUAUGCUCUUCUUAUGUGUUAAUUUGGUAUCAAAUUUAACAAUGUUGAGUUGUAUGGUGAAAGUGGUUUUCUGAUCUGCUGGGCUGUUACUUUCUGUUCAACAAUACUUUGAUUUUCAUAUUACCCAAUAAGCAUCAAAUUUUUCAUCACUGUCUUACAACAAGUGGGGAUAAACUUUGCACAACAUUGUGUGCAUCUAAUUUUUUUGUAUAUUUAAUUCUUGUUUGUUUUUAUUAGUCUCAUAUUUAUAUUCCAUUGUAUUGAAUACAUUCUGAAUUAUUUUUACACAUUUUAUAUAUAUUUAAUAGAAUAUAUUACUGUAAAAGCAAUUUCUGCACAAUACUAGUCCUUAUUAGUCAUUUACAUAUACGUUUGUUUUUAUCAUACACUGUGUUAUCUGUUUAAUCUAAAUGUAUAUUGGAAGGAGAGAUUCCUAAAAAGAGUUUGAAAAGCAAUUGGAAAAAUACCUUGAUGUGAAGAUUUGAUAACUUUAAUUUGAUAUAAGAUUUUUAAGUAUUUUAUUCCUCAGAUAAGGACAAAGGGACCAACUUUUUAACUGGAUUGAGUUGAAGAGAUUAAAUACUUUUUGUAUAUGUUUAAAGCCAAAUUUAAUUUGUUGACGUUGGGCAACAGGAAUAAAAAAAAAUGACACAAAAAAUAAAAUUUUUUACUAGAAAUGAAAGCCACUUACACAUUGAAUCAAAGAGCCUAAAUUAAGAAGUAAACCUUUACUCCUGAAAUUAUAUAUAUGAUGAAAGUUUCAAGGUUAAAGGUAUUUAUUAUAUAGAAUAGAAAGAGUAAAGGUUUUUAAGUUUUAACUUGUAAGAAAAUCAAAAUUAGAAUACACAUAUUUUUGUACCAGGUACUGGACAUUUUUUGAGAAAAUUGUGAAAUUUAGUUUGUAUAUGCUUAACAUAUAAAAUGUGGUCACUGUCUUACUUUUAAAAAAUCACGAUUAAUAGAAUGAUAAGGGGGAAAAUAGUGCCUUAUAUGCUUCAGCUUCUAAUUAUGAAUAAUCAAAUGAUAUAUUGUUAGGGAAAUUCCAUAACAAAGGGGGACAUUUUUAUCCACACCGACCAUGUAUUUAAACAGUUUGAAUGAGACAACAGGUGUGUUGAAGAAUCAUUUUGAACUCCUUAUGCUUUGAGAUAAUAGGAGAAAGUGAUGUAUGGCCUUACCAAAUGCAAAUUUUCUAUCAGGAAACUUUUAUUCUUUCUUAAUUAGCUGAUUUACUGAUUGUAGAAUGAUUGUAAUUGAAAUGUUUGUAAAUGUUGUAAUUUAGUCUACCUUCUUUACAUAUGACUAAGGUAGGGUUGGGGAUAUCUAUAAUUUGCACAAUAUUGCUACAAAUCUCUAAAUGCAGUUUCACAAGUUGAUGACAGAAUUAAAAAUAGAUUCAAAAAGAAGGCUGCUUUGGUACUAAGACUAUGGUAUCAUUGAUUUUGUGAAUCACACGUUUUUCUGGAAUACAUAUAUGUUGUAGUAGAUUUGGUUAUCAUUUAGUCUUCACUCAGAUACACAUAUGUAUAUUUUUCACACUCCAAAAAGUAUUUCAAAGUAAAAGUUCAAAGAUCAAAUUGAUUUGAAUUCAAAUUGUGGAUUUUUUUAUCAAACAACAGUACAAAAAUAUGGAACUCAGACAAUUUAUAUGACCAUUUAAAAGGCAAAAACAUUUAAACAUAAAAUUCACUAACUUAAAAAAAAGAUUUUGUUUUCCUACCUUCAUUUAUUAUGCUUCAGUUGUUUUACUUUUAAACAUUACAGUUUAUAUCUAUUGCUGCAAUUUCUUAUGAUUAUAACCCACCAACAAUAGAAGAGGGGCAUUAUGUUUGUUUUGUGUCUGUGUGUCUGUUUGUCCGUCCCAUAUCAGAUAGAAGUUUUGGUUAAAGGUAGGUUAAAAUUUUGGUUAUAGAAAAUUGGGAUCACAUCAACAUGAAAGUUCAUUAUAAAGUUAACUGAUGUAUAUGCCAAAUUAGGGUUUUGACCCAGAUUUCAUGGUUCAGUGAACAUGGAAAUGUGAUGGUGGGAGCAGGACAUGGUGUCAUAUUCUGGUUGUUUUUUAAUUCCAAUCAACAUUCCACAACAAUUGUUUUUAUUUCUCCAAUUCUUCUGGCUUUUAAACCAGUUUUGACCAGUUGGAUAAUUUUUUGGAUAAACCACAAAUUGUUAAACAGUUGAGUGUGAUUUCUUGCUAAAUCUAUUUGGAACUCUCCGCACAAAGUUUUGAAUUGAAUUAAUAGAGAAUUAAGUGUUACCAUAUGAUUAAGAUUUUUAACUACUAUGUUUUUUUUUUCAAAUUUUGAAAUGCUUAGCAAGCUUUGCACUGCAAAUCUUGAAAAUUUUAGAAUCUCAGGUGGCUAAAUAUCAUAUUCAAAGUGGAAUUGUGGUAGAAUUUUUAUGUAUAUAUUGCAAACAUUUUUCUUAAAUAUUAAUUGAUAUCACUAUAUACUGCUGGCAGAUUUACAAAACUGAGAUUAAUGUACAUAACUACACAAUACAUCACAUGGGAGUCAUGAAAUUUGUUUUUAAAUGUAAGUUUCAAGUCUUUUAUUCAUUCCUUAGGUGUUGUUUUUGGUGCCAUUUUUAUUUUAUCUUUAUCAGAAAUCUCAGUUUUUGUAUAGUUUUUAUAUGUAACAUAUCUUUAUUGUUUGAAAGAGAAAUAUAAAGGUGCAGGAUUAUCUUAUUCUAUAUGCUUUUGGCAUCUUUUCAGAAGUUGGGGCACUUUUGCCUCUAGAUUUGCAUCAAUUUAAUAUUUUGUAAAAUAUUUGAUAUGCAUGUAAUGUUUGCCACUGGACAUAAGCCAACCAACUAUUAAUCAGAUAUUUUAUCUAUUUACUGAGUUACGAUAUGACAAUUUGGGUUUAUUUGUUCAGAAAUUCACAGGAAUAAAACACAACACAGUAAGUAGAGUUCUGAAAAAAAAAAUCUAUUUGUGGAUACAAGGCAUAAUUAUAAUAAUACAUGCGUAUUUACUUCUUUUGCCAAAAUAUUUCUUGUCUUUUAAAAGUCUUCCAUUAUUUACCUCUUUUUUUCCGUUGGAACAAUAUUUUUGUGGUUAAUAUUGCACAGGUUGCAAUUGAAUCCUUACAGUCACUGGCUGGUUAGCCAGAAAUCUUCUGAACUUGUAUUUGUGAGUUCAUACAACACAGUGCAGUGAAUUAAACUUGCUUAUAUCAUAUCCAUGCUCAUGUCGGGGUAUUUGAUUAUAGUAUAUACAUAUACUCAAAUAUUAAAAUUUACAAAACGAUGUGUGCAUUACCAUACUUGUCAAGAAACCAUUUUUAUUAAAAAUUGCACAAGUUGCAACAUGUUAUUGAUCCGUUCUACCCAUGGGAGAUAACUAAAUCCAAAAUAUUGGCUUAUUAUGUUUCUUUGGUGAAUGUAUAACAAAAUACAAACUACUUAUUGGCUUGUUACAAGAAUUUCUCAAAAAACACUAGUUUAGGAAUAAAUACAAAUAUAGUUUCAUAAUCUACAAAAAAUGGUCCCCACAAAAUACAGUAACUGACAUAGAUGAAAAACAAAAGAUAUGGGGUAUCCAUCCAUGACACAAAAUCAGUACAUGAACAGUGAAAAACACCCAAAAAGCAAAAGAAUGGCGCUUUUAUUGCUGUUCUUCAUCUCAAAGUCACAGGGAGGCCUUCAACAAGGAGCAAUUUUUUUUUUUAUUAAAAUUUGUUCCUGACCUACAUUUAAAUACUCUUGGUAUGGGUUUUUCCCCCCACAAACUUUAUAUUAAAAGAUCAAUACAAGAUAUUGUAAUAGUUUGUACAGUAGAAUAUACAUAGGUGCUGUUAUUUGCAGAUAAUUUCUUGAAUACUCAUUUUCUGAGAUUUUUAUAUUAGAUCUGUGGUUGAGGUAUUUAGAUAUGACUUAUUGUUGAAAUGUUAAUUCAUAAUAGAUCAUGUAACAAUUCCUGUCUGUUUAUUACUUUCAAAAUAAGCUACAUGUAAUGCAGUCAAUUAAUACUACAAUUAUAUUGGACCAAUGUUAUGUAUAUUUUUUGUCAUUUACUCCUGUUUUCUUUUUUUUACCAGAAUUAUUCUAAGUCAUUUAAACAUUCAAGUUAAUAAAAACAUAUAUAUUUUCAAUAUUGAUAUUGUACUGAAGAGAAAGUAUUGAUGAGGGUCUGGAUGAGUGGUCCUUCAUUUCUGUAUUCUUUAUAUAUUAAAUUAUAAGUCAUUUUUCUCUAUUCUUUAAAUAUUUAGGUCAUUUUUCUCUAUUCUUUUAUAUCAUUUGCCCAUGAUGCUCUAUUCUUUAUAUUUUAGAGCCCCAUUAUUCUCUUUUCUUAAUUUUUUCACCUUAUUUUUCUGUAUUCUAUAUUUUUGUUUGAUUUUUCUGUACAUUUGGCACAUUUUUAUCUAUUGUGUAAACCCCAUCCAGACCGUCAUUAAUGUUGCCCUACAGAUUUUUUUCUGUUUUUGUCAUUGGGCUGCUGUCUCAUUGAUCUAUACCUCAUAUCCUUAACAUUAUUUUUUUCAAUAUUUUCAAUAAUAUAAGGUCAAAUUUUGUUGCCCUACUGUACUAUACUUAUUAUUGAAAUAGAAUCUCAAGCCCAACAACAUAUAUAAUAUAACAAAAAGAUAAACCUCAGGAUCUGCAUCCUAUAAUGUAACAUAUCUCAAAUACAAUGUUCUCUGUCUAAAAUUAGUUAUAUGUAUAGAUUUCAAUUUUUGAGAUAAAAAAAAAUAAAGUUCUCUGUCUCAGAACUACUUUGAGAUAAUAAUUUAACAUCCCCCCUUCCAAAUAAAUAACAUUUAAGUCAGUAAAGAUACAAAACGAAAACCAUUUAAUUAAAUUAACUGGAGAAUUGUUGAGCAUUUUGUAUAAAAGAUAUUUACUCUUAUUAAAGCUUGUUACAUUUUUUGCAAUGUUAGUUUUUUCAUGUUUAUAUAUUGUUACAAUUUGUAUUCUACAUUUAAAACAGAGGAGAAUAUUUUUAGAAAAAUAAAAUGGUUUUUGGUACACCU